GUUUCUAGGUAUUCAGAGAUGCACUUAGAAAGGGAAUGGGCUAGAAGAGAAGUACUUAGGGGGUCCACAAGUGGGCAGAAAGUGGGUUAUUCUACCAGUGUCCACUUAGUCCCAGGGAAUGGGGGUAGAAAAAUGAGGAGAAGCCACAACAGGAAGUCUGUUACAGAGCUGGGGGUGAGACUGGGGAAUGGGAUAUGGAGGAGGGAGAGAGAAUGAAGAUCGGACACGUGCCUCCCUGCUUUCCUGGCUUACUUGCUUCUCUGGCUGGCACGACUUUGAGGUUCUCAGGGAAUGCCUGCUGGAGUUGGGGGCUGGGACAAUGGAAUGAGUCAGGAGGAAGAUGGAGGAGAAGAUCUGUGUGGUGUGCUUGAGAUGAGGGCAGAGAAGAAGGGAAGGCCACAGAGCUGGCAUGAGACUGGGGAAUUGGAUUUGGAGGGGAGAUGGGAGAGGCGAAGCUCUGCUCCUCUUCCGGUUUUCAACGCUUACUUACUUGAGAGUAGUAGGUUCCUGGGUGACACUCACCGCCUCUGCGGGACUCAGCUCAGUAGCUGAACACGAAGAUGCACUCCUCAGACAUUUGUUCCGAGGUUAUCAGAAAUGGGUUCGCCCUGUGUUGAAUUCCAGCGACAUCAUAAAAGUAUACUUUGGAUUAAAGAUAUCUCAGCUUGUGGAUGUGGAUGAGAAGAAUCAGCUGAUGACAACAAAUGUGUGGCUGAAGCAGGAAUGGACAGACCAAAAAUUACGGUGGAAUCCCGAAGACUAUGGUGGAAUUAAUUCGAUAAAGGUUCCGUCGGAAUCGCUCUGGCUGCCUGACAUAGUUCUCUUUGAAAACGCUGACGGACGCUUUGAGGGCUCCCUCAUGACCAAGGCCAUUGUGAAAUCCAGUGGAGCCGUCAGCUGGACUCCUCCCGCCAGCUAUAAAAGUUCCUGCACCAUGGAUGUCACAUUUUUCCCGUUCGACAGGCAGAACUGCUCAAUGAAGUUUGGAUCCUGGACUUACGAUGGUACCAUGGUCGACCUCAUUCUGAUCAAUGAAAACGUUGACCGGAAAGACUUCUUUGAUAACGGAGAGUGGGAGAUACUAAAUGCAAAAGGGAUGAAGGGCAGCAGAAGAGAAGGCUUUUACUCCUAUCCGUUCGUUACCUACUCUUUUGUUCUGAGACGCCUGCCCCUGUUUUACACACUCUUUUUGAUAAUCCCCUGCCUGGGGCUGUCUUUUCUCACGGUCCUGGUGUUCUACCUACCCUCUGACGAAGGGGAAAAACUGUCGUUAUCCACCUCGGUUUUGGUCUCUUUGACAGUGUUUCUUUUAGUAAUUGAAGAAAUAAUCCCGUCUUCUUCGAAAGUCAUCCCUCUCAUUGGCGAGUAUCUCCUCUUCAUUAUGAUUUUUGUCACGCUGUCUAUUAUCGUCACGGUUUUUGUAAUUAAUGUCCACCACAGAUCUUCCUCAACCUACCAUCCCAUGGCCCCCUGGGUGAAGAGGCUGUUUCUGCAAAAACUCCCGAGAUGGCUUUGCAUGAAGGACCCCAUGGAUCGCUUCUCUUUCCCGGAUGGAAGGGAGAGUAAGGCAGCCGUGAGGGGGAAAGUCCCAGGGAAAAAGAAACAGACGCCUGCCAGUGAUGGAGAAAGAGUCCUGGUCGCUUUCCUGGAGAAGGCCUCUGAGUCCAUCAGAUACAUUUCGAGGCAUGUGAAGAAGGAACACUUCAUCAGCCAGGUAGUGCAAGACUGGAAAUUUGUGGCUCAAGUUCUUGACCGCAUCUUCCUGUGGCUCUUUCUCAUAGCUUCGGUCUUGGGCUCCGUUCUGAUUUUUAUUCCAGCCUUGAAGAUGUGGAUAUAUCGCUUCCAUUAGGAACCACUCUCUGGAUCCAUAUAGAAGAUAGUCAUAGAGAGAAUCCCACCUUAGGACUGACGGCUGCUGGCAUGUUCACAGAAAGGAGAUGCAUGCAACAGUUGUGGUGCCCUUGUUUCGUCCUGGGAGCCUUCUGUGAUUGGAGGACACUGAAAACGUGGGCUUGAGCUAGUGUGAUGGUGGCUGCCACUAAAGAUGUAUUUGGGCAAUU